GUACUUGAAACCACCAGAUUUUCCACCAUGUUGAAGCUGCCAAGUGACUACUGACUCAUUUUGGAACCAAACAAUAACUUACCUCCUUUCUCUGAUUACUUCUCAUCCUCUCUCUCUCUCUCUCUCUCUCUCUCUCUAAAAUUUCAUAUUGGAAAUGGCAUUAACACUACCACAGCUUAUCCCUUCACCUCCAUCAUCUUCCACUCUAUCUCACAAACCCUGCCAAAACCCCACCAGACUCUCCAUAAACCCUAACUUCCCAUCCUCCUCAACAACUCAUGUCCUCCACCACCACCGCCGCCGCCGCGGCGGCAACCUCACGUGCUCGGCUUCGUCUUUCUCGGAGAAGCAUCACACCGACUCCCCGAGGUCCGACGACGUGGUGGAGCUUCCUCUGUUUCCACUCCCUUUGGUGCUCUUCCCCGGCGCCAUCCUCCCUCUCCAGAUCUUCGAGUUCCGCUACCGCAUCAUGAUGCACACACUCCUCCACACCGAUCUCCGCUUCGGCGUCAUCUACACCGACGCCGUCACCGGCACCGCCGAGGUCGGCUGCGUCGGCGAGGUCAUCAAGCACGAGCGUCUCGUCGAUGACCGAUUCUUCCUGAUCUGUAAAGGCCAGGAACGUUUCCGCGUGACGAAGCUCGUCCGGACCAAACCCUACCUGGUCGCUCAGGUCACAUGGCUCGAGGAUAGACCUUCACCCGACGCGGACCUUGACCUGGAUGGGUUAGCGAGCGAGGUGGAGACGUAUAUGAAGGAUGUGAUUCGGUUAUCGAAUCGGUUGGGUGGGAAACCAGAGAAGGAGGUUGGGGAUUUGAGGAGGAACUUGUUCCCGACGCCAUUUUCGUUCUUCGUUGGAAGCACGUUUGAAGGCGCGCCGAGAGAGCAACAGGCUCUGCUUGAAUUGGAGGAUACUGCAGCGAGAUUGGUGAGGGAGAAGGAGACAUUGAAGAACACGCUUAACUAUCUCUCUGCUGCUUCUGCUGUGAAUGAUGUUUUCCCUUCUUCUUCUUCAUCUUCUUCCUCUUCCUCUUCUUCUCCGUCUUGAUUGGAGAAUGGAAUGGAAUAGUGUGGUUAACGAUUGUAUACUGUAGUUACCCAACUGGAUACUUGAAUCAUGUUUAGCUACUUUCAUAUGCUUGAUCAUGUCCUCUAGUUUUAUUUUUGGGUGCAUUUUAUAUACAAUGAUACAUUAUAGCAAUACAAUUUGCCGAUACAACAAGUAACGAUUGCUUCGCCUUCA